CUUCUCUGUGAGACUGUUAACCCGCAAAAUCUCACCUUACGAUCGAUUCCAAAUCUCGCAUUUCUAUUUGAUCUCUGCAAUGAGUUCCUUAGGAACCUUCAAAUCCCAGACACCCAGAAGCCGAGAAAAGAAAGCCCUAAACCCAAAGCCCCAAAUCUUAGGCAAUGAGACACUGAGCACCAAAACCCCUCAGAAAUCCGAAAAAUUCUCUGGACGAGCCCGAAACGGCAACGUCGCGCUCUCCAUCGGCGACAUCAGAAGAGCCGCCACCAAAAGCCUCAGCGAGUCGAGCCAGAAGCGACGGGCGGACCAGAUCGAUUCUUGGCCAGACGAAAGCCCAAAGAAGAAACUCGUCGGCCGCUCCGAGAAGCUACCGGAAAAAUAUGAAAUAUUGAGUGAGUUUUUGAAUGGCUUGGACACUUCGAUUCGGUUGUUGCGGUUGAGGGGUUUGAAGCCCAGUUUUACCAAUAUUUGCCCCCAAAUCGAGUGUUUGACGGAUAGGAGGUUUACAUGUGGUCACUUGGCUCAGCUGAAGUUUGUUUUACCUGAGGUGAUUGAGAUAAAGAAAGUUCUUGUUAAGGAUGAGAGAACCAGUUGUCUGAAGCCUGAUCUUCAUGUCACCAUCAAUGUUGAUGCACUAGAGAGUGAUGGCAAGGCGAAAUCUGAAGGUGGUGGGAGUAUGCAUUUGAGGAAGACGUUCCGCAAACGGCUUGCAGAUAUUUCAAAAUCCCAUCCUGAGGAUUAUGAAAUUCCAGAAGAAACUUUGCCUCAGCCAUUCGAUAUUAGGAAGCAAGAUAUGCAAUCAGAUACAGGCAAGCUUCCCUUUUCAUCAUCUCCUGGUGACAUAUUGACUGAUGUACACACAGUUGAGCAGCCAGCAGUGUCAACAAGCUGCCUUCAGGGUGAUGAAGUUCCAGAAUCAAACCUCAAUACAGUUUGCUCUGUUGGGGAAAGGAGUACUUGUGCUUCAUUGUAUGGCCAAGUGCCUGUAACUCCAACCAAAGGCAUAGACCCCAUAGAAAAUGACGAUAGGUUGCCCACACAAAGUGAUAGCAUUCAGUCAACUCCAGCAAAGCUUGCUUCAACUCCAGCUAGGUUGAUGGCUGACACGCCUGCAUUGCACCGACCAAAGCGAUGUUAUAUGAGCCCUGAUGAUAAUUCUACUAGCUCACCAAACAAGUUGGUUAGGCGUCCUCCACGCUCCAGGUCUUUGAAAUUUGACACUCCUGUGAAGAAUAAAAAUGUUGAGGAUGAAAUUCCUGAUAUGGGCGGUGCAUCAAUUGAUACUGACAGCCACGAUAUUCUUCCAGAGGAUCUUUUGCAAUCGAUUAGAGAAAAGGAGAGGAAGGCAAUAGAGGAGCAAAAUCCAGCCAUCUCAGAAGCGAAGAGGCGGCGCCAGAUGAUUUCCAGCCUGCCUAAGCUCUUCAAUAUGAUUCAUUUCCUAUUGCAGUCUAUGAACCGUUCCGUUAUCACAAAAGAGGAGCUUGUUCACAAGCUAAUCUGGACCAAUUUUGAUAUUGUUGACAGAAAGGAAGUUCAAGAGCAGCUAAAAUUGUUGCUAGAGCUGGUUCCUGAUUGGAUUUCUGAGAAACAGUUAUCAUCUGAAGCUGAUUUGAUUAUGAUCCACAUUAAUAAAAUGUCAGAUCCCGAGUCCAUACGUGCAAGGCUUGAGGAAGCAAAGUGAGCUAGAGAAUGCUAGAAUUUUUGAAGUUGUACGAGAAGCAUAUUUAGAGAUGUUGUACAAUUUUCCCAUUUCAUUGGGCAUCUUAGUGUUGGUUUAUUAUUGUUGAUGUAAAGGACAUCUGGGUGGCAUAAUCAUGUAGGUAGAACGAAGGCCUUCUCCAAGAAUGUUAUUUACCAACAAGAUUGUAUAAAUAUCUAUUUCUUUCCUUCCUGUCGUUUUUAGUUUUCUGUGUCGUUUGAAAUAAUGCUGAAAUCUCUAAGCAACA